AGUGCCAACUAUACUGAACAAACAGUCCAAUACUUGAUGCCGUAUAAGAAUGAUAGUAAAAGUUGGGUGUGUGUAUAUUAAACAAUAAACAAAACUUAUGUGUUUUUGGAAUAUUAUAGAGAAUCCAUAAUAUGAAUGAUUUCGUCAAACGAUAAUAACUCUGGACCUGCAGGCGGCUGUUUGCAUUCGAAAUGGACUCGAGUAGCAGUAAUCGCGGUUCGACAGGCGCCUUAUCUAGUACGGGUGGUAGUACCUCAGCAGGAAUGCAUCAUUCGUUAUCUACACCGGCGGGAGUAGAUUGUGGAGGAAAUCGAACGCCUCCAACGACGCCUAAAAAAGGCGGCAAGAUGUUGGCUAUUCGAGUACAAAUGUUGGAUGACACGAUCACGAUUUUCCAAGUUCAGGCGAAAGCUGUUGGACGGGUAUUAUUUGAACAAGUUUGUAAGCAACUGCACCUUUUAGAAGCUGAUUAUUUCGGUUUGGAAUAUACUGAUAACCAUGGUACCAGGUAUUGGUUGGAUUUGCAAAAACCCAUAUCUCGUCAACUUGGUCUUUCAUUGGUCGAUCCACUUCUAUAUUUCUGCGUAAAAUUUUAUACUCCCGAUCCAGCUCAGUUAGAAGAAGAAUACACUCGAUAUUUAUUCUGUCUUCAAGUCAAAAGAGACCUCUCUCAGGGAACAAUGCAAUGUAACGAAAAUACAGCUGCUCUUAUGGCGAGUUACAUAGUCCAAGCUGAAUGUGGUGAUUUUGUUGCUGAAGAUUAUCCUGAUCAUACAUAUUUGUCGAGCUACAAGUUCGUACCGCAACAAGAUCAUGAAAUGGAAAGAAAAAUUAUGGAGAAUCAUAAAAAACACGCUGGACAAUCGCCAGCUGAAGCGGAUUUAAAUCUUCUCGAAACGGCACGGAGGUGCGAAUAUUACGGUAUGAAACUACAUCCAGCUAAAGAUCACGAAAACACACUUUUACACCUAUCCGUUGCUCAUAUGGGUAUAGUAGUGUUUCAAAAUAAUACUAAAAUCAAUACGUUUUCAUGGGCGAAAAUAAGAAAAAUAUCCUUCAAGAGGAAAAGAUUUCUCAUUAAGUUACAUCCUGAAGGAUACGUAAGUAAAAAUAUGGGUUAUUAUAGAGAUAUGGUUGACUUUUUCUUCGAAGGCAGAAACGAAUGUAAAAAUUUUUGGAAAAAGUGUGUAGAAAACCAUGGAUUCUUUCGAUGUGCUUCCGUUAAACAUGUAUCGAGGCAUAAAACUAGAGUCUUGUCGAGAGGAAGUUCAUUUAGGUAUAGUGGUAAAACACAAAAACAAAUAAUAGAAUUUGUUAGAGAUAAUUAUGUGAAACGUCAAACAUUCCAAAGGUCGCAAUCGUUCCGUCAUUCUAGCGCACAUUCGAGCGCCAGCAACAUGCAUUCGCAUUCGACAACUGUCGGGAACAGCAUUUCCGCGCAUCCUCUGUUACCUCUCGCUGACAGCAAUUUAAGCGUGGAAGUGUCCAAACUCUCGGCGUCGCUGGGUUCGAUGGGGGCGGCGCAUGCGGGGGUACUACAACCGGUUUCUCCGACGACGAUAUCAGCCUCUCACCACCUCGGCACAGUUAUGUCCUGGAGCUCGGUCCCCGACACCAGGCCUUCCAUUCUGGGACCCUCUCAGACGACGAGCUCUCCCGAGGAGUCUGCGACCACGAGCCCGCUUCAUUCGAGACCCACUAUUACCAGCUCGCCACUCGCCGUCCGCGCAGCUGUUCACAGAGCCGACACAGGUACCAUUCGCAUCCAAACUACUACCCCGACGCCCUCUAGUCAUAAUUUCGCUAACAAUUAUCCUUCUCAGACGCAGUCGCAAAAUGAUCUAGGUCACGAGAUCAUCGAUACAAUUCCCGAUUAUGAUUAUAAAACUGUUAGUGAACAUCCGAAACGGCAAAUUUGGCAUCGUAGCGCUAGUUGUAAAGAUCUUUACGAUUUUAGCUUCGAAGAGACAGGUCAAGCUAAACGUAGAGCUCAGCCCCCGAAACCUCUCGAAAAAGCAGUUAUAAGCUUCGAAGAGCGUAAGUUAGAGUCCCCGGUAACGCGAUAUGAUGAUAGGCCCGUUUAUAGCGCUAGUUCCCGCGAUAGUAGCUUAGAAAUACACCAAGACAUUAUGGUGCCUGACGAAAAAGUUUAUUCUAGUAGUUAUCCAGGCACUACCUCGUAUUCCCAAGAAUCCGUCGAAGAUCCCGGUAAUUACGAUCUUCGAGAUUCACAAGACGACCUCUCCCACGACAGCUACGAACUUAUAGAAAAAUCCGACGACGAUUACAGUACUUCGGGCGAAUAUAACAAGUACCGAAAACGUAAACCUUUCAACACUAGAAGCUGUAGUUUAGAUUCUAAUAAUUAUUUACCUUCGGACAGCGAAUCUGAACAAGAUAAAAGACAAAAAUGUAAAAGUAGCAACGACGUACAUCAAAAUUUAUUCACGAUCGAAGAUCCAAGAGAUUUUCCACGGGAAAUAUUUCCUAGAAAAUCCGACGGUAGCUACUAUAAACAAUUCAAACAAAUAUCUAGAAAUUCCAGCCUCGAAUCCAAAACUUCGAAAUCUAGUAGAGAAAGUCUCAAAAAAUCCAACAGAGAACGAGGUUUCGGUUACCGAACGUCCAGCCAGGAAUCUAGAUCCGAUCACGAAACGAAAAAACCCGAACGUAGAAAUAGGAGUAUCGAAAAAAUGGAUACGCGAAACGGUUUCGUGGAUUCUAGAACAUCGAGCGUCGAAUCGAAGAGCGAAUAUUUCGACGCCCCUUCCAGAUUCAUGGAUAACGUUACCUAUCAACAUCCGUACGAUAGGAAAAUUAGUUUCGAACGUAAUUACGGUAUACAAAAAGUACCGAAUCACGACAACACCGAAAUAAAUCGUAACUUUGGUCACGUGCAUUCUAUAAGCCUACAAAAUGUCGAAACCGAACAAAAUAUUAAAAUAAAUCGUCUUCUAUCGAAUUUGGAACAAAACACCGUACCGAGAACGCAAAAAACAUACAAAUCCCAUACCGUAGACCACGAAAGACACAAAUCCGAACCUAUUUGGCCCGAUGACGUACAUCCCGUUUGGUUCGCGCAUCAAGAAAGCGUCCAGAGAUCCACGGAAUCCGAAAGUAACAUAUUCAGUUUCGACGAAGAUAAAAUCCAAUCGUUACAAGAUAGUUUAGAUUCGGAUCAUGCGUUCAGUGUAGUACCUAACAUCGAUAUGAUUAAAAACAAUGACGAACGUAAAUCUUUUAGGGAAAUAUUUAUGGAAAUAGAACCUAGAAUAUCGCACGAUUUACCACUACACCAACCUAUCGAACGCACUAAAUCCGAUCCGAACUCUUUAGCCCGUCAAAGAUUGAACUCCAGUAAUAGAAGGAUGCUACUGAUGCAUCAAAAAUCUAUAGAUUUAACUCCAGCAGAAUCCAGCGACGAAGAUUAUUUAUAUAAACAAAUUCCCAGCGCGCCACCUAUUAUGAAAUACAGAGAUACCCACUUCGAAAUGCCCACCGCCGAAUUCGGACAUUUCGAUAUCAUCAAAAGAGAAGGAGAAGGUUUAAAAACCAAAUUCGAAGUACCAAAAAGUCAAUUCGAAAUUUUAGGCGCUAAAACCCAAUCGGAUUUAACAAACUUACCUCCUAAAGAUGAAGAACUCACUUAUAUUUUACAUAAACGACACGUUAUGAACGGCGUAAAUAAAAAAGACGAACCAAAAACCGAACUACAACCGAAUAAAACACAAAAAGAAGUAAAAGAAACAUCAAAAAUCGACGAAUCAAAAAAAUUAAACGGUAAACAAGAACCUGAACCGUCGGAAUCCCAAUUUUUAUUUACACAAAAUAUCGAUUUAUCUAAAAUAGAUCCUGUAACAUUGGAAAUUGACAAGACUCAAUUACCCGUUCAACAUAUUUCGAGCCCUAAAAGAGACAUAACUCAUAUUGACCCCGUACUUUUAGAAGCUUUGAAUUCGAAAUUGAGUCAAAUAGAGAGCGAUUCUCCUACUAGUUCUAAAACCGAAAGCGUCCUCCCGCAAAAAACUAUCAUUCAAAUCGAUAAAUCUACAAAGAAAGAAUCGAAAAUCAAUGAAGAAACACUCCCCGUUAUGAAAUUAGAACCGAAAAAAGAUGCGGAAAAAACUAAAACUAAAUUAAAAACCGAUAUAAAACCUAAAAGGAUAAUCAAACCUAGAAUGCAACCGGGAAAAAAAGGAAAAGCGAAUAAAACUAAAGUUAGAAUAACAUCUUUUAGCUCUGACGACGAAUCUUUAGAUUCUGACGACGUUUUCGGAAGCGCCGAAGCCACUCCGACCAGAGUCGAAUUUUCCCCACCGCAAAUGAGAAAAGAAAUGGAAUCCAUACUUAAAUUCGAAUCCGAAAGAAAAUACUUGCAAUAUACAAUGUCGUCUACAGAAGUCGAAGGUUCGCCUCCUACAUCUCGAAAGAAAAAAGAUAAGAAAACGGAAAACGGUUUAGAAGCCGUACCUACUGAACUCAGGAGAAUAUCGGAAAGAUCGUUUUCUAUCCCCAGUUCCGAAGACGAUUUCGAUGUAAAAACAACCGAUCUACAACCAGUUUUUACCGAUCCCCUUCCGGAACCUCUCGUUACCGUAGAAGAACAGGACAUUGACGAAACGAUAAAAGAAGACUAUUCGACCGAUAAGGAAUUGAUUACGAUAAACGAUGAAAUAAAACGAGAAGAAGAAAAGAAAUUAUUACAAGCCGAAAUAGAAAACGAUUUGAAGAAUCUACAAGUGCCUUCGAAAACUAGAAUAACCGAAAUACCAUCGCCUAGUUUAAGAAAACAGGGACAGAGUCCAGUACUUUUCGCACACGCUCGUCUAAAUUUAUCCGAAGGCUCCGCUUUCUCUUUAUUACAAAAACAACAAGCUCUAGAAUCACCUAUAGCCGGAAGAAGAGCUAAAAGUUUAGACGCCCCGGUAAUAGCUGUUAGUAGAUUACCGCCACUUAACGCUUUUUCUAGUAAAGACGAUACCGUAGCCGAAGAAGAUCAACAAUUAACCGAUAAAGAUAGCGGAUUAGAAAAUUAUUUAAUCAGCGAUAAAUCCACUGAAGAAAGAUCCGAUACAGAUGAUGGUAAAACAAAAAAAUCUUCAGAAGACGAAGCACCUAAUAAACCUUUACCGGAAUUACCUCGAAUUUCUAAACCCUUACCAAAAUUACCAGACGUGAAAAAAGAGGAAUCUAAAAUUAGUAUUAAAGAAAAAGAACGCGAUCAAAUAGUACCAGAUGUAAAUCAAGUUAAAGCAAAGAAAUCUUCUAAAACGACUUUACAAGCUAAACAACCUCAAAAAGUAAUAAGAGCGAAACCGCCUACAAAAACAACAAGUAAAGAUAAAGUUGUUCCGAAACCGUCGAGCGUUAAAACCAAAACGACCAUCAAACCGGGCAGUCCUAAAACUAUUAGACCUGUUCAAAAAGCUUCUUCUAUCGAAGGAGCAACUAAAACUGAAAAAGUCGAACAAAAAUCUUUAUCCGCUCAAAAUUCCCUAACAUUACCCGAAGUAAAGCGAACGAAAAGUCAAGAACUGGAAGUUACAAAGAAAACGGCACCAAAAGAAAAAGCUCGAUCAUUAGAAAAAUUAGAAUUAAAAAGAAUCGGUAGUAAAGAAAGAACAAAGUCCCAAGAAGAAGCCGAACCCGAUAUCGCUAAGAGGAUAGAAAAACAACAAUUAUUAUACGAAAUAGCCAUACAACAAACAAAAACAUUAAAGAGCCCGGUUAAAGACGUCCUACCAGUAUUUCCUCAAGUCGAAGAAAUGGUAAGAGAACGAGGGGGUAAAUUGGAAAUAAGUAUAAAUACAAUAGAACCAAGCGUGAGUCUAGAAGAAGCGAUAAUAAUCACGAAAUCUCCGAAAAAAUUGGACAAAAAAAUGGGCGAAAAACUAACCAAAAGCCUAGAUCUCAAUAUAAGCGAAGUCGAAACUAAAACUUUAACUCGCUUAGGUAAAAGUCUAGAUCUAGAAACUAGUCAUCAAAACUCACAACAAUCCACCACCAACGAAUUCGAUUUUAAACCGGAAACAAUAAAAAGUAUUCAAGAUAAAGAUUUGGAGGAAAAUUCACCGGAAAUAGGAGGAACGAAAGAAACAGUAACAGCAGACGUGCACGUCUCUAGCGACGAAGACAAAAUUAUAUUGAAAGGUACCACUUUGGACGUAUGGUUAUCAGUGGAAGAUCAAAACAAAAAAUUACAAGACAUAGAAAUAAUUCGAGAAUCCGACGAUUUUUUUGAGGAGCGCACCUACCCUAAACCUCCAGAUUUGAGUAAGAGUUCAUCGGAUUCUCAAAGUAUGGAAAAAAUGAGUCUAGGAGAAUCGUUAGAUAUAAAAUAUAUAGACGAAUCUACCGGAGAUUCUUCCUAUAAAUCGGAAAAAGAUGCGAAAUUGAUAGCUGAUAUGCAAAAAGCAUCGAACACCGUCAGCAAAUUUCUAAAAAAGAAAUUGGAAAAGAAACGAGAAAAACAAACAGAAAAUUUCGCAAGAAUUACUAGCGAAGAAGAAUCGCUAACCGAAGUGAGCGAAUUGAAAGGUGAAACCGAUAAAAACUUACUCGCAUUAUCCGAAAAUAAAAAAGAUUCUCUAUAUAACGUAUUGAGCAUAGAAAGGAGUAAAUCCGAAGAUACCGGAUCGUGGAUAACGGUGGAAUGCGAAGAAUACGCCGGAACCGAAGAAUCCUUAGAUUACGAUAACAUAAGUUUAGAAUCCCCGGAUAAGAAUUUAAAUAUCGAAACGGAAUUCAAAAAACCUGAUAGUAUCAACUUAUUAACAGCCGUAACGAAAACUAAAUUAGAUCUAUUAAAAAGAAGCUCGGAUCAAUCCAAAUCUAGCGAUACUGGAUCGUGGACGAGCGGAGAAAAAGAUAUUUCUCCGAAGGAAGUAAAAGAAACCGACGAUUCCAGUACGAGUUGUGCAAUCGGAAGAGCUAUAGGUUUUAGUCAACAUAUAGAAACGUUUACAACGAAAGAUUUAUUAGAUAAAGGAUCUCCGUCGGAAUCUGAAGCACCUAGGAGUCCGAGAAGUCCUAGAAUAUGUGUAUUAGGUAGAGCGUUUACAAUAGACGAAGGAUCCUCAUCUCUUAAAUUAGACGAUUCUAGUUCUGACGAAGCCAACGAUAUACCUAAAGAUCUUACACCGAUACAAGAAAAUAUAAAAGAAGAAGAAAUUCCUACUACUCAUAAAAAAUAUAAUUUCGAAGAAAAAUGGUCAAAUGAUUCGGAGCUAACUCAAAGAUUACAGAUGAAGUUGACCAAAAAAUUAUCUUCUGCGGAUAAAUCUUCCGUAGAUGAUUCAACUUCGGAUAAAAGAAAAAAUGGAAACAAUCUCGAUAAACCUCUAUAUCUAACGGAACGAUUAUCCACCGAAUCUAGAAAUUCUUUAGAUACCGAAUCUAGUUCGGGAAGUGUAGGAGCAGCUUGUCGAGGUACUAAAUCGAACGAUAUCCCUAAAGGAUUGAGUUCAACUUGGAAAGCCUUCCCGUUAGAAAGCUCAGGAUCUGAAAGUUUCGAAGACAAUCUAUUACCACCCGAUCAAGAUUUAGAAAAAGAAUAUUUUAUAUGUAAAGACGCCAUCGGGGGUGAUUACUCGACAAUGUCUGAUAUCUAUUAUAAAGACAACGACGUUACUCCAACCAAAGACGAUACGGAGCUCCCAGAAGAUCUGGCAAACUUUUCGACUAAUUUCGCUUAUCCUUUAUCAACCAUGACCGGUUUAGGAUUAUCAAGCACCGACAUAUUCCAAAAUUAUACCGGCGGGGCUUAUAUAUCGAGAACUUUAUCUAGGAUAUCCGAAAGAAGUACCAAUUCGGAAAAAUCUAGUAUAGAUGAUGAUUCCACUAAAGCUAGCACACAAAGCGAUAGUCUAAACGACGAAUCUCUAGCUUCUAGUAAUCCACAAGUUAGUAUCAGUUCCGAAUCGCCUAGUAAUGCGAGAGUAUCGGAAAACGAGAAGAAAACUCCAACCAAUCACGUCAUCGAAUCUAAAGAAGAAGACGAUAAACUGAGCGAUUUAAGUAAACCUAGUGAUAAACAACAAGAACCUUUACCGCAUCUAGCUAGUUUACUCCAAAGACAAAUAUCUGAUGAUAGAAGAACUUCUGCCGAAAUGGCCGAACUAUCGAUGGACGAUAUCGAGGUUAUAACAUCAGAAAGAGGAUUAAGAUUGAAAAGACAAGGUUCCGACGAUACUAUAAUAGACGAAGAAUGCUUCGAGCCCGAAUCAAAAGAUAUCAGAGAUAUAAGAUCCAGUAGCCAGGAGAGCGAAGAUUGGCCCUUGCCUGAGAUACCGCAACAAGGUCAAAAACUCCUAGCUAUGCACGAAUUCCCUAGUAGCGAUACUUCUCAACAAACUACACAAGUUUUUAAGCCUCCCGUUAAGAGUAUUCCACGAACUUUCGGCUUAAAGGGUUCGUUGCGAAGUCAAGAUUCCGAACAAUGGCCAAGUCCGCCUUCUAGCGUAAUCGAACAGCCUAUAAUAGGAAAAGUGGAAACUUUCUAUAUAACACCACCUCAGGAAGCUUCUAAAGUCGUGGUAGAUUCUAGUACGGUUAGUAUUUAUGACAACGAUUCGAAUUCCGAUAACGAAAACAGAACUAUCGAUCCGGAUACCGAAAAAACUCACACAUACGAAAAUGUAGCUUGCGAGAAUAUCAGUAAUAUUAGCGAGAGUCUGUCGGAUAGUUUGAGCGUAGGACCAAGCGGUAUUAAAAUAGUAUUGGAAAAGAAAUCUCAAGGUUCCAAUUCCGAUGAAGAUUUGAAUAUAUCUAAUCUCAACGAUGACGUAUUCGUAGACGCUCUAGAUAGUAGUAAACACGAAUUGAGACCUCCUACGGCUAUGAGAAGAAGUACUGCUUCCGAUGAUUCUUCUCAUUCGCAUAAAAGCGAUAAAAAGAGUUCGAAAAGUUCUUAUUCGGAAGAGGAUUGUACUAGUUCCAUGGCUACUAAUCUAGAAGAUGGUACGGUGAGGUUUGCACUUAAACCUACUAAAUGUACUCAUAGUUCCCAUUCCGAAGAUACGUCUAUAGCGUUGAGUCUUUCCGAAUGGUCGAACAGUACUAAUACCGUUAAAUUUCAAAAUUUAUCUAGUACGAGUGGUACUACUAAAAGCAGUUCCGGUUUAAAAAGCGACGAAAACUCCUUAACGGAUAUAGCUCAUUCUAUAUCGGAUUGGUCUACUAGUAACACGAGUAGUACUUUGAAAGCUCAACAUAGUCCUGGUCUACAAUUUCAAAAAUUAUCUUCGACAUCUACUGGUGAUAGUACUUUAACGGAUAGAAUGUCAAAUAUUAGCGAAUGGUCCACAUCGGAAACUAAACCUUUCUUUCCUACUAUAACAGAACAUAAUAGACUAGGAUCUAGUAUAGAUAUUGAAGAAUUUGCAUUAGGUGUCGAUCAAAAAGGAGUACCUAGUCCUAAAAAUAUCCCGAGCGAAGAUUUCGCUCUAUUAUCGACGAGUUUAUCCAAUAAAAUCGACGUAAAAUGUUAUUCGAAAUCGACUGAAAGACCGAUAGUCAUACCACCGCAAAACUUAUCCGAUACUGAUAAAUCUAGUAGUUCCGUCGAACAACGAACAGUACACAUACAACGUUACGAUAAAGAUAAACAAAAGUAUUUACAAAAACAUGUACCCACAAAAAGUACAGAACGACCCGUUAAAGUUCCCAUAAAGUUAUCGAAAUGCUCACCAUAUUAUUCCAGUAGUUUGAGUUCCGAAUCUACACCACUGGCGAGUACUUCCCCGGUACCUCCUUAUAAAACAGCUACGGUACCAUUAACUAGGACCCAUAGAAAACCCGUGGCCAAAAACGUGUGUCAAGCAAAGAGUCCUCCAAGUGAAAACGAUUCCACCAGUAGCGUGGAAUCUCCCAAAAGUAAAUCCGAUAGAGAUAGAAGAGGAUAUAGGCGAAGGAAACAAUUACAAAAUCAACGUAGAGCUAGAUUAGAAAAAGAACAACAAAACGUCGACGAGUAUUAUUUCGUAGAACACGAAUCCGGUUUAACGGAAUACAACGAGUACCUGAGGAAUAAAAAUAUGGAAGAUAUCGCGUCUAGUUUCCAAUACGAAAGCGUUCUAACCGAAGACGAUCGUCUGAUGCAAUACGCCGAAACUAUAGAGGAAGGUUACUACCCAGACGAUUCGCAAUCGGGUUCGGAUAUAAUGCGAAUGGAACGCGACGAAGAAGGAUUUGAAAUUGUGGAAGCGUUCGACGUAACUAAUAUACCUCCGCCGUUGUUAGAAGACGAUUUCGAGAACGACGUUUCGCCGCAGAUUUGAUUUUAAUGUCGAUAUUUUGUAGGAUUUUUUGAUAGGGCACGGUUACGUCAUCGUAAUCUGUUUAAUAAUAUUAGUCAUAUAUUUUUUUCUUAUUGAAAUUUAUCAAUUGUUGAUUGAUAUCGGUUUUUUGAAUGUGUGCUAAGGCCGCUUGGCAUGAUGCAAGACGCCAUUUCUUGACCAAAAGCACUCGCUAAUGAGUUUCUACUCUCGGCUUCUUUAAGUGUAUAAAAACGUUGACAUCGUAAUUUAUUUUUGAUCUGUGUAUAAAAAGACAUAAUUGGUUGCCAAACAAUUAUUGUAUGGUAUCAAUUCCAUGUUUUGACUGUUCAAAAACGUUUUUGUUGUAACUGAUGUGUGUGAGCUGGCAUUGUCACAAUGGAAAACGAUUCGUCCUCUGCCAUUGGUUUUCCUGAUUUUUUCGAAAACUUCUGGCAAACAAAUGCUAGUGUACCAUUCAGAAUAUUGCUCUAAUGGAACCGUGGCGACAUGUCCGGUUAUUCCGAAAAACCAGGCGUCCAUUUGCUUCAGAGUGCUUUGUGCACGAACAACUUUUGUUGUAUUUAGCUCGAUUUGAAAUACCCACGCAGUCGAUUGUUAUUUAGUCUCGAAUUUAUACACAUAGAUCCACGAUUCGUCGUCUGUCACGAUUUUAUCACGAUCCAACGCGAACAGACGGCCAAAUGUUCAUGCAAUAUUGAAUGUAGGGCCGGUCAAUUUGCCUCAAUCUCAAGGUAUCCCAUAUGACGAUCUCUCAGUUUACGUACAGGUCGAUGUUUUCUAAGUCGAAGGGAGUUGAUGGCCACACUGCUGUUGGUUUAAUUCACUUCGAAAGUCAUUUUUUGACCAAGAUGAAUGUUUCAAGAAAACAGCUUUCGUAUGACAACAAGUUCACCAUUAAAUAUAUCAAAUUUUACGAUGUCAAAGGCAGAUUUAACAUACAGAAGUCGGCAUGAGUCAGACAACAAAUGUGCAUUAAAAAUGAAGUUAUUGAAAACAUCACAGAGUGUUAGUUCACUUGACUGUGCGAGCCAGCCGAUCCUCAUCUGUCUAUCCAUUAUCCAAAAUAAAUAUUCUCGCACACAAUUCGUCGUGGGAAAAAGCUCCAUCCUGCAUGAAAUGACGAAUGUUCGUCAGUAUUGGAUUGAUGUCCUUUUACAAAAUCUUCGAGUAUUUCUAGAUAACUUUGACCCGUCACGUCACCCUCAAAAAAGUACAGACCGACGAGACCUCCCACAUGGAUAACUACGUACAUACCCACACUCCGAGCAGGGUUAAUUCUUUAUCAAUGUAGACGUGAGGAAUCUGGUCGUUCCAGUACACGCAGUUAUGCCGAUUAAUCGUACCGUUCAGCUUGAAGUUGGUUUCAUCCGAUUACAAAACGUAAUGCUGGAACUGCGGAUCAUCCAGACUGCAUCCACUAAAUUCCAAUCGACCGAAAUGUUCCUCUUGAAGUGCGUGGAGGAGACGCAGACGGUAAAUUUUGUAAAAAACGAUCGGAUAUUUGAAUUUCUCCCGAUAGCCGCACUGUAAAUUGGUUUGACUCCUGAAUAAACGUCAGUGCCACUGUUUCCAUAUUUUCUUUAGUUGUUACAAAUACCGGUCGUUCAGAACGCAUUGCGUCGGCAACAGAGCCCGUUUUUAAGAUUUUAUGAUACGUUUUCCACACGUUUGAACGAUUUGGUAGCGGCGAGUUCGGAAAUUGUUGUUGAAAAACUUAUUCUUGAAGCGUAAACUUGUAUUGGUUAUUCUGAAAACGCGUCUUCUUGACCUGCAAUCAUGACAUAGACACAACUCUAAAGCACGAACAAGGUUCUUUUUAAUCUUUUUCGACAGCGUUGACAAACUUAUGAGCGUUACUAGAAUUAUACCGAUUUUUCGACUUAUGCCGACCUCCGUAUUGAAAUCAGUGUUGCCAUAUCCCGAAACUUACAUAGCACAUCCCCGUAUCGUAACAGGACCAUUAGCAGAUAUCUGUAAACAGUAGUUUCCAGCCACCAGAGAGAUUGGGAUCAGUAUCUAUCCCUAUAUGAAAUGGCUUAUCGCUCCGCGAUUAUGAGUCCACCAGUGAAACACCUGCGAAAAAACUCGAUUUCUUCUUCGAGUUAAAAUAAUGCCAAAGUUGCAUCUUUAAUUACAUGUUCACAUUUGGUAUUUUCAGGUAUUAUUUAUAAAUAAAAUGUAUUAUUGAACAGAAUACGUAAUAGGUGCAAUGCGUGUGACAAAGUUUAUAACCAUAAAAUAUAAUCUAGUUAACCUCUAGUUCGAGUCGAUGUUUUCGUAAAUGGUGGAACGAUUUUGGAUUCCUUUACUAGAAUUUUAGUGUUUUUUUAAAUCAAUAAAUACAACACGAAAGUAUUAAUCUACUAUUUCUGGCUAUUAGGAAAAAAAAUGUAAUGGUAAAAUUUUUUCCUACAUCAUAUUUCCGUUAUUUUAUUUAACAGAUGAUUUGAUCCAAAAUAAUAUCAUUCCUGUACCAAUAUUUUGAUUUGAUAGAGUGAGUUUUAUGUAUGGAACGCCUAAAUUAUCUCGGAAUACGCUCGAAAUACGCUUGAAUAAACUCGUUUAAUUUGAAUAUUCUUUAAUAAUUUAUAUCCUAACCGAAAUCCCAUAACAAUAUCUACUGUCAGUAAAUUAGUAAAAAGUUUAACGAAACUGGUGCAGUAAAAUAUUUAUCCACAUUAGAGCGCAGAAAAACUGCAUCAACUGAAAACAAAUCUUCAAAUGUUUGUGUCAUGUUAGAAGUGGAUCCGCAUUUGUGAAAUAGAAAAUUUACGAAUUUUAGAAAACAUAAAGCAAAGGCGAUUACAGCAGAUGCUCAAAAUGUUGUUCAUCAACAUUCAUACAACAAGCCAUGCGAUUUUUAAAACUUUGCAAUACAUUUUGCAACAUCCCUAACUGCUCAAAUCUUCUUAUCUCUGUGGUAAUCCUAUCUUGUAAUUCCUUAAUAUUGACAGGUUUUGUUUUAUAAACGAUGUUUUUUAAAUGACUCCACAGGAAAUAGUCUAAAGAAUUCAUGUCGGGUGAUCGCGGAGGCCAUUCGAUAAAACCACGUCUUCCAAUCUAUCUUCUGUGAAACAUAUUAUUUAGGUAUUGCCUCACCACACAUGCAUAGUGAGGUGAAACACCAUCUUGUUGUAGCCAAAUAUUGUCGUUUGGGAUAUUGUUAUUGUCUGAAAAUUUCUAAUAUUAAAGUUUUUUUUAAAUGUAAUUGAAGAAACUUAGUUGGAUUUGGAAAUAUCCGAGCCAACUCAUGUAUAAUACUAUUUUCCAAUAAAUCUAAAUACGCCGGACCAUUUUAGUAAACCUCAAUGAAAAAGGGACCAAUUACUUUGUCGCCUAUUAUUCCAGCCCAUACAUUCAGUUUUUCGGGAUAUUGGGUGUGGAAUUCACGCAUCCCACGAGGAUUGUUACAUGACCAGUAUCUAGAAUUAUGCCGUUCACGUUUCCAUCAAUACAAAAAGUGGCCUCAUCGCAAAUAAUAACAUUACUUUUGGAUCGUUUUUUCCAUCAUCAGGUCUGCAAACUCUUCACGUUUAUCAAAAUAGUCAUCUGUCAACUCUUGCACCAACGUAACUUUGUAUGGAUGGAAUUUUUCAUUACGGAUGUUUGCGAAAUAUCAAGUUCUCUGGAUAUUUGUCUAGUACUCUAGUGUGGAUAGUCUUCUAAUAGGACACAAACAUCUAAAGAUUUGUUUUCAGUUGAUGCAGUUUUUCUGCACUCUGAUUCGGAUAAAUCUUUUAUUAAACCAAUUUCGUUAAACUUCUUCACUAAUUAACUGACAGUAAAUCUUGUUAUGGGAUUUCGGUUAGGAUAUAAAUUAUUGAAAAUAUUACACGUGUCUUGUGAAAAUUGAUAAUUAUUAAGGAUUUCGAAAAGCGAAAAAUCUACAGGGUGAUCUAUUUGAAAUAACAAAAUAAUGUAAAUACCACCAUAAUACCUUCGUAUCAGAAGACUUUUGCGCAGAAAAAUUUAUAAAAAUCGUGUUUUCGAGAUAAUUGAGGCGUUCCAUAUAUAAAACUCACUGUUUAUGUAUUUUACCAUUCAACUCUUACCCCAUGACUGAAAAACACUACUUAAGAUGUGAAACAAAAAGAAAACAUCGCUAGACAAAUUUUGUGAUCAAUAUAUUAGCUCAAGAUAUUCAUAAGAAAUUUAUUUGAUUCAUCAGUACAAUCAGUUUAAAAUUGACAAAAGACGAAAUAAUUAAAACACUAGGGGAAUAUACUGUAUUGGAAAAAAAUCAACUGCAACUUGAAGUAACUGAAUUUUAGUAAAGUUGCAUCAUCGCAUAAUUUUUCUUCAUUGUUGUUCACAGUUUUAUUUUGAUGCAUUCAAUACAAAUAAAGUCACACGAGACUCCUAGCUUUUCGAAUAUUAUAAUGGAAAUUAUUAUUUCGAACUCUUGAAUAGUUUAUUAUUCCCUUUUAGAAACAAUUACAUCUUCUUUCAAUGCAUAUCCACUAAUGGACGUUAGCGAUAACAUUUUCCAUCGCUUCCCUAUUUCUUGUGGUGUGUAUUAAGGAUUGUAGUCCUGUCCACUGCCUGAUGUUUCGCAGCCAAGACAUUUUCUUCCUUCCGAUCCCUCUCUUUCCUUCAAUUUUACCUUCGAUCAGCAGGUGCAAAAAUUUAUAUUUGUUGUUUCGCAUGAUGUGCCCUAGGUACGUUGUUUUUCAAUCUAGCCGUGUUCCGGUCGGGAUGUUCACGUGCUGAUCACGCACUGAUCAUUGUUUUAGUUUACCUCUCCGGAAGUUUUUGAAGAAUUACUUUGACACUUCCCGUCAGUCUCAGAAUACAGUACACAUAAUCUUACCCGUGGUCUUGGUCGUAUUCGCUCCUUCCUCCAAGUUUCGUCUGUACUGAAGAUUCGCUUUAAAAAACAUCGUCCCCCUCCGCCUUGUAUUACGUCAUGUAUGUAUGAGGUUUUGCUCAAAAUUAUCAAUACUAAUGCCGAGUUCAGCAGAGAUUUUUAGAACAUUCAACCUAACCUAAUCAAAAUGAGUUGUUCUACGCGACGAUGAUUUUGAUGAUAUUGAUUUCGUAAACGCCGAAAAGAAUUUCCUUGUUUUUAAUGCCUUUUCACACAAAAAAAAAACCAAUGACAAUACGUUGCGCAACGACGGUCGGCAUUUGAAGAUAAAAACAGGGACUUAUCUAUGGAAAAUCAGGAUGGUUGCAGUUCUCAACUGAGUUCCAAGUUGUUGUGGAUGGUUUUGAUGUUGUGGUUCUCCGCUUCGUUCUUUGGUUACAGUUAACUUCAAUCUGACAAUUGUAGAACAACGGAAAAAAAUAAAAUAAGAAAGGAAAAGGGAACACAUUACUAAAGAAGAAACUAGAUCUGGUUAAAAAGAUAUUAGAAUGACUUACCAGCAAGUAUAAGAAACUGAUUAUAAUCUUUAGUAGGGCUUGAGGACCGUAGAUAGAGGACGUUUUAAAAUCGACGCUGAGAUUUAUUGAAUUCUUCGAAUGGAUUUGAACGUCAACAACGAAUUAAUUUCUUUAAAAACUUUAUAAUUGAAUCGGAAGUAACUAAUUAGUCACAAUACGUUAACAAAAGGAUAUUAAAAAUAUUUGAGGAACAAUGUAGCUGAAUGGCAUGUUACAAUGGUAGGAAUAGAUUGAAAAAAUGGGGUUAUACUGGAAAUUGACCGUGAGACAGAUUAAAUCGUAUGGGGUAGUAACUUUUUCCAGCCACAGUGUAUAUAAUUUAUUUUGUCACUUAAACUGAUUCAUACUGAAUUUUACGAAUCUUUCAAAAUAUUUUGCACUUAUUUUUAAAUCGACACUGUAUAAGCACGAUAGAACCAAAUGUUAAACUUCCUUAAUUGUUAUAUAUACAUAUCGAAAUGUCCCAACCAAAAUUCAUAGAAAAAAUAUCAUGUUCCUUUAUUUUAUUUUCACUUAGAUCCGUAAAGCUUUUGAAAAUAUGAGGGAAUUUGAAAGAAAGAAAAUCGCAGAUAUUAGAAUUCUGCCGGUAAGAUUAUUGACUCAAAAAAAAAUAAUUUAUUCAGAUAUAUGUAAUUGUUUGAGACAUUCGAUAUUUUUUGUUAUUAAUCAAAAUUUAAAAGGAAAAACGUGCUAAACGAUUGGUGCCAAAAAUGUGUGAAGUUUUGCGAUUGGUCUGUAACCGUUUUUAACGAUUUUACAUUAAAAAUAAAUAUUCCUGUCUUCUCUAAUAUAACUUUAACAAUAUUUGAAAAAUUUGCUGUUACUUCUCAACAUAUAUUGGCACAUACUCUUAAAAAUAAAAAAAAUGUGAAUAGGUUUUCGCAUUCUAAUAUUUGCCACCUAACAAUUCCAUUAAAAAAAUAUUUUUUCGCCUAAAAACUCCGAUUAUUAUUUUUUUGUGCCCAAAGCUCAUGAGUAAAUUGUUCUUUAAUACAGAUUCUCAAAGAUCUCUUUGUUUGUCUUAUAUGGUUUGUUACCAUAUGCGUCAUAUUUUUCAAAAAUAAUAAGUAAAUCUCAGUUUUGUUCAGAAAUGUUGGUAAUAGAUAAUAACAAAGUUGAUAUUAAUAUUGAAGUGAAUUUGAAAAAUGGAAAAUAAAAGUACAAGUGAACUAAAAGGGUGGUUCAAAUAUACACCCCACAAAAUUUAUCGCAUCUCUCAUCAUUUUUUAAAUAUUUUCAAUGUGUUGCCCGUUUUUCGAAUUUUAUUAUUAUUACGAAAUAAAACACCAAUAGAUACGCCGUUUGCAACAUUUAUUUUAUAUCAGUUUAAUCUACAGAGGACAAAAAAUUUGAUUUACCAAAACAUAGAAAAUAUCAAAAAAAUUGUACAAAACAUCUAUACAAAAAAAUGGACGGUGCUUAACUAAAACCAGCCAAUGAAUUUCUAAUAGGGUGUGUUGCCUCUCCUCGCUCUAAUUACAGCUUCCAUUCGUCUUGGAAGGCUUCUAAACAGGCUCUGGACGUAUCCUUGCGGUAUGUUUUCCCAGAAGUUGAACAUUUUGGUGCCGGAUGUUGCUGAAUUUGCCAUCCUAGAUGGUCCCAGACAGGCUCUAUUGGGUUAAGGUCCGGGCUACGUGCAGGCCAAUUCAGGGUGGGUAUCUCGACCUCUUUUAAGUACUGCCGAACCAGCGUGUGGACGAGCAUUAUCGUGCAUUAGCACAGAGUUGUCUCCGAUAUGAGGCAUAUAGGCCACUACAUAGAUUUCUAGGAUAUUGGUUAUGUACCUGUCAGCAUUUAGUCUUUCAUCAAUCACUGGUACUAACUCCGUGCGACCCUCGAAAGAAAUUCCUUCCCAAACCAUGAUAGAGCCACCACCAAAUCUUUCGGUUUGACAAAAAUUAACCUGAUCGUCCGUUCACCAUGUCGCCUAUAAACUGGUACACGCCUAUCUGAUGAAUACAGACAAAAUCUUGAUUCAUUUGUGAAUAAAAUACUGGACCAAUCUUGGAUAUUCCAAUUUGCGUGUUCUCGAGCAAAUUCCAAACUUGCUACUCGAUGUUCUCUGGUAAGACGUGGACCUCUAGCUGACACUCUGGCUCGUAUACCUACUUCUUUCAGCUUAUUUCGAACUGUUUGUAGGUUUAUUCGGACAUUACGAGCAGUUAACCUCAAAUAACGAUCAUUUACUAUCGAAGAUACCCUUCCGCGGCCUUGUCUGGGUCUUCUGGUUAGCUGCCCUGUUUCUUGGUAGCGAAUAACAACUUUGGAUAUGGUGCUUUGUUGAACUCCAAUUACUCCGGCGACGUAUCUUUGACUGUGGCCAUCUUGUAUGAGCGCGAUGACACUAGCGGCUUCUUCAUUCGUCACAUGUCUUGUUAAACGGUGAAGCACAUCCAUUAUUAACAAAAUAAAUUCAAAUUUUCACGAUACAAUAACAUAAUUUGCUUAGAAAGUUCUAUAACUCAUUGCAUUCUCCAAGACAGAAAUGAUUUACUCGAGCAUUUCUGCUUCCAAAAAAUUUUGAAAGAAAUUGUGAUAUUUUUGCCCAUGAUAAGAAACCAGAAAUAUCUAUUAAGUUGAUACAUAUACAGAUUGUCCCAAAAAAACUAAAAUUGAGUAUUAAAAAUACCAGUAAUGCGAUAAUUUUUGUGUAUAUAAUGAAAUUUUUUUUAACUACAGAGCUGAACUCUUUCUGAAAUCUGAUAGUGUUUCUGGAUCUUUUCCGUUACACUCCACGCGUUUUUUCCCACCUCUCUUGAAGCUUUCGGAUGUCUUUUUCGUAAAAAACUUUCGGCCUGAUACGUAACCAUUCGAGCACGAAGGAUUUUACCUCGCUUUCGAAUCGCAGUAAGCCAAGAGCCUCUUUCAAUGGACAAAAUAGAUAAAAGUCGCAAGGUAACAUAUCGGGACUAUAAGAAUGUUGUUUCCUAACCUAAUGCUUCCAUCGCAAGUCAAGCUGUAUGCGGUCUGGCGUUGUCUUGCACAAAUAUCGCACUAUGGAUUGGAAUAUCACGUCGUUUUGAUCUGUAGACAGGUUUCACCGUGUUUUUUAGGACGUUACUUUAAAACUCUUCUCAUGUCCCAAAAUACGGUACACAACACCUUUCCCGCUGACAGUGUUCAACUUUAACUGGCACGCCUUCGUCUUCUCCAAUCAAUAGACGCGCGUUUACUCUCCCGAAGGUAAUGGUGAACCCAAGUCUGGUCUGUAGUGGCUAUUCGGUGCAAUAAAUUUCCAUCUUCCUCUUCAUACCGCUGCGGGAGAUGCGAGCAAACUUCCCAACGUGUGAAUAUCUGCUCAAAAUUCAGAAGUCUUGGCACCUAUCUAGCUGAAAGUUUGCGGUAACCGAGCCGUUCAUGAAUUAUUUGUUCAAUACUACCUGUGCUGAUGCCCAAUUCUUCAGCCAUUUCACGUACUUCCAAAAGGAGCUUUUCUACAGCGUCGACGUUUUCAUCGGUAACAGUGGAUCUGGAGCUCCGCAUGCUCCUUCACAUAUUUUCACUGCAAGUUUUUAUAUCCAACAUAUAUUUUCUGAAUUUGCUGAGCAGAUAUUUAUUAUCUUACUCCUUCUGUGGUUAGGAAAGCCUCAAAAAUUAGGCUUUUACUAAUAACAUGGUUCACAUCUUUUAUAUAAGUUCAUGAUCGCAUUUCGUACGUCGAAAUCUAUUUUUGUUUUUCUAAACUUUCUCAUAUUUUUACCCUCGGAGUAAAGAGAAAAUUGCUAUUACAAUAACAAGAUUACAACUAAUAAAUUUCCAACUUUAUCAUAUUUUUCAUAAUAGUUUUCAAAAUUUCAUCUUUUUUGAGUCAUUUUGAGAAAUAUCAUUAACAAAAACAUAGAUUCGAAAGUUAGUUAGUUGGUAACCUCAAAUAAUUUAAAUCGCGCGCCAUUAGUAAAAUUCAAAUUUGACAGUAACUUAUGUAAAAUGCCAACUUAGUAGUUCAAGCUCAUACGCCAGAGUUUCCAACUUAAGAGUUUCGGGGGAAAACUUUUUUUAUUAUUUCAAAUAUUUAUUUUUUACUUCAAAUUAAGCAAAAUAAAUGUGUAAUAGUAUGGGAAAUUGUUCAAGUCAAUAUGUAGGAUAUUAAAAAACCAUAAUCUGAAGAAAAAGAUUUGUUACUUUGAAUUUUUGAUAAUUUAAGAAUAAAGAAUUUGAAAAAAUGAUAUUGUGAAGUGAAAUUAUUGAUUGCUUAAAAUUAAUUGUUUAAUGAUAUUUAGUUAUUUUUAAUGUAUUAUUCAUUUAAAAAUAUUUAAUUAUUUAUUUUAUGAAUAAUAAAACUUUUUUAGGGAGAAUCCCUAGUAAUUGUAGGGCUGUUAGGAGUAUUUGGUUAGAGCUUUAGGCAGAUAAAUUUUUCAGAUCCACAGUCGACGUCGAUUUGGUUAGAACCAUAUAUGUAAUACUCCUGUCUGGACAGUUGGUAUGGGAAAAAACGUCCCUACGUUACGGUGCCGACAAUAUUCAUUUUCUCUCUCGUUCGAGACACUUUAUCUAUAUAGCGCAUGCUUGAGAAUGCGCAGAACCGAGCUGGAUUCUCGGAGGAUCGAGAAACCGUUCUCAUUCUUCCUUAGACGGAAGAGCUUUCACUUAUAGAAAUUGUUCAUAUUGAAGUAUUACUUAUAUGUUUAGAACAAAUAACAUCUAAAUAUAGAUGAUCUGUGGUCCCUGCGCUUCGAAAAAUCCAGUACAGCCAAUUUUAAGACACUAAAUUUUGCGCGCGUGUAUUCAAAUAUUUCGUUUUAUAUUUGAACCACCCCCGUAAAUCAUUUUAUAGUUGAUAUUAAUAUUGGAUAAGAUGGAAACCUACCUCAUCUUCAAUAAAAUAUAUUAACACAAAACAUGAACUGAAUUUCAAGAAUUGAACUAUUAGUCAACAUUUUUUAGCCAAAGUAUAGUAGUAUGAAAGUCAAAAAAAUUCUAUAGUUUAUUAUUUUGAAUACAAUUAUAACCUAAAAAGAUCAAUUUUAUUAAUUUUUAAACAAAAAAGGAAGUAACAGUGCAAUUUUCCAAAAGAAUCGCUUUAAAUAUAAUGAAGUAAGCCCGAAGACUGAUGUAAUGUAAAUAGUUUUGAAAAUCAAAAAAAAAACAAAAAUGGAAUAAAAAUAAUAUUAUUGUUCAAUUUAUCUUGGAUGUCGGAGUUCAAGAUUGAUAUUGAAUUUUUUGUAUGUUAUACACCCCUUGUUACGUAUUUUUAUGUUUGUUUUUUAAUUGACCAUAAAAAGAGUAAACAGUAUACAGUUUAAUCUACGAAUUGAUGGUAUUUAGACAAAACAAUAUAAUUUCAAAUAUUUCUAGACAGAUUUUGUUAUAAAAAUAUAUUUUUUUAAAUAGCAGUACGUACCUCUGAUACAGCUUAUUAAACAUUCUAUUUCCACAUGUAUUCUUCCACAUAAAUUAACAUUAAUUUUCAAAAAUUCCAUAUUAUCCACUACCUUCUAAUCAUAUACAAGGUGUCUGAAAAUAAAUUACAUUUGAAGAAAAGUAAAGAAUGUAUUGAAAAAAAUGUUUGUCGCAGAUAAUAAUACAUCGCUUGGGAAUUGAUUUCCUAACACAAAUAUUAUCAAGAUACGGCACAACAGAAAAAUAAAAUAGUUAAAUGUGGUUGUUACUACUGUUCAUACCUGUAUAACAGUUUUCAUUGGCUAGACGCUGGAACGCGAGCGUCGAACAUAAAAAUUAGACAUGUCUCAACGCGAGCCUUAGUGUUUAUAAAUGGUCCCUAAAUCAAGCACUAAAAUCGUCUAUAACGGCUCGGAAGAUAUUCUCCGUGAUGGCUGCCAUUUCGUGGCGUAUAUUUUCUUUUAAGUGUCGAUUUGUUAGCGCAAACUUUAGAUUCAACAUAACCCCAAAGGAAAAAGUCCAUAAGUGGUAAAUCGGUACUACAUGGAAGCCAACUUAUAUCACUUCUCCUGGAGAUCCAUUCGAUAGGAAAAAUUUCAUUAACUCGUGGACGUGUGUGAUGUUACUACGUCCUGCUGGAACCAUGUUCUUUGGUUAUAACCAUUAACAUUUUCUAGUUCAGGAACGAAUUUAACGCUUUAACUUUACUGUAGCUCUACGCCCCCUUUCAUACUGAACACACUGUUGGCACUACCACUACACCAACAAAAUUACACUGACGCGCGUUUCGAUAACUAAGUUAUCGUCUUCAGAGACUGAAGAUAAACUGUUCACGUCAGACAGUGUCAUUGUGAAUGGUAGUGUUAACUGUAUGUUCAGUAUGAAGAUCACUAACAGUUCCAGAAAUUCGAACUUAGCCCCUUUUUACCCUCAAAAAAGUAAGGGCCUAUAAUCCCUCGUGCCGACAUCGCAAGCAAUACGGUCACUUGAAGCGAAUGUAGUGGUUUCUAAUGUUUGUGUUUUGAAUUGGUUGCACUCUAGUAGCGGUAACUUUGCUUGUUGACCUGUCCAUUAAGAUGAAAAUGAGUUUUACCAGAAAACAAGAUGUUAGCUUACGAAGCUGCGCAGCCUAAGGCUCCAAUUCUUGCAACAACUGAAUUUUAUGUAAAAUCUUUGUUUACAAUGCGAAAAAAAGAUCAUCUAUGCACAUUUAAAGCAACAACACGCUGCCGAAUAGACAAAUCAUGCUCGAAACGAACAAUUUCCACGUUUUCGACCGUUAUAGACGGAUUUUGGUUUAUCUAUUGUUGAUCCGGUUUCUUACAAUCUUCUCGACUCAUUUUCCAAUCAGUCGAGCGCCUGGCAUCAUUUAAGUAACGAACAUUGCAGAAUUUACUACGCGCACAGUCACUGAAUUACACACGCACUAUCCGCUCUCGAAAAACGUUCCAUAGCGACUAAAUUCCCUUGCUUACCGAUUGACAUAUCUAUCGCGCCCCUCCAAAUAGCUGAUUUCACGCAAUAAGCGAUACAAAGGUGAAUUUUGUUUUGAGACAACUUGUAUUAAAUGUACUUUUUUAAAAUUUUGUCUCUAUAGUUUCUUUGGACUCUAUAUAUCUCUAAUUGUCUACCGUUCGAUGUCUGUUUUUAUUAAAAUAAUAUGGUCAAUUGAAAGUCUGAACGGUCUAACGUUGAUUGUCAAACAAUUUUGAAACACCUUGUAGUACAAAAUAAGUUUUUAUGUAUAUAUUUUUUUAACGUUUAAAAUUAUUUGAGUUCUUCCAUUAAAUGUGAUUGUUUGAAUUGAUAAAGUAGGCCUAAACCGUGAGAUUUUUGAAAAUUCAAUUUUACUUUGAAUACGCAAUUCCAAUCACUAUUCGGAAAAUUUUAGUAAUUUUUCUUAAAAAGAAAUUUGUAUGAAAAAGUUGAAUUUUCAAAAUUUAGUUGAAUGAAUUGAAUGAUAAUAAUCUUAAUUAUGUCAAAAAUAAAAUGUGUAGUCAAUAACUUUAUUUUUUUCCAAUUUUUACAUUUUAUUUUCUUUUCAUUAUGAUAUUUAUGAAGAAAAUAUUGUUGAUAUAAUAUUCGCAGUAUUAGAUCUAGUCUAAAGUAUAUAUUUAAAUAACUUUGGAAAAAUAUUGUCGAGUUUCAAAGUUGACUUCUUCAUUUUGAUUUGCUUUUCUGAUUAUUCUUUCUUCGAUCAUAUCUAAAUCAAUUUUUUUGUUUGCUCCAUUUUGAUUGAAAAUAUGUGUUGUUCCUAUAAAAAGGGCGCAAAUUGCCAUGAAUAACGUCUCUAUAGUGGAAACCAUAAAAAAUGAUAGAGUGGAAACAAAGUUCCAUAUUUUAGAGCACUUUUAAGUGAUUUUACAUACACCAGAAGCUGUACAAUAGAAAAGAAAAUUCCUAAUUUUUUCCAAAAAGUUUCAAAAUAUUCUUUCUUUCAAAUUUAGAUUAUCUGAAUAAAAAACUAUCACAAAAAAUUGAUUUUUGAUAGAAAUAUCAUUCAAGAACAAAAUUUUGUCAAAUAUUUUCAGUAAAAUUCUUCUUCUUAGCGCAUUUAGGCGUUGGGUUGUCCCAUGUCCUCUUCAACCCAUUUUUUCCAUUUUCUUCGAAAAUCUUCCUUUUGUCUUAUUUUCUCAAUAUUCUCUUCGAUUUUGCUUUGUGCUUCGUUUAUCUUCCUCAAUUGUUUUUCUGAAUAUUCUUUCUUCGAUCAUUCUUAUUUAUUGUUCAUCCUAAUUUAAGUUUUUUUACUAUAUUAGUAUCAUACUAUCUAAAUCAAUUUUUCUUGUUUGCCUCAUUUUGAUUUAAAAUAUAUGUUUUUUUCUAUAAAAAGGGUACAAAUUGCCAUUAAUAAUGUCACUAUUUUGGAAAACAUAAGAAAUAAUAGAGCGAAAACAAAGUUUUAUAUUUUAAGCACUUUUAAGUGGUUCUAUAUAUACUAGAAGCUGUACAAUGGAAAAGGAAAUUACUAAUUUUUUCCAAAAAGCUUCAAAAUAUUCUUCCUUUCAAAUCUAGAUAAUCUGUUUAAAAAAACUAUCACAAAUAAUUGAUUCUGAUACAAAUAACAUUAAAGAACAAAAUUUUGUCAAAUAUUUUCAGUAAAAUUCUUAUCUCUCUGUAAUGAAACACAUGAGAAAUAAUUUAAUGGAUAAAAAACGGUGACAGAACAAAAUUUUGUCAAAUAUUUCUCAAAUUUUCAAAAAUCUUCAUUUCAUUUUGUCUCAUUAUAUUUAUUACUUUUCCUCUUUGCUUUGAGCUUUGUUUACCUGCCUCAAUUGUUUUUCUGGUCAUUCUUUCUUCACGAUCUCUUAUUAUUUGUUCAUAGUAAUAUAUUAUUAUCACAAUAUCUAUAACAAUUACUUUAUUUUUUAUUUUAUUAUUGAUGUUUGCCCCUCAUUUUUGUCUCCUUAUCUCCCAUCAAUAUCUUAUUCAUACUACUUUGAGAAGAAACCACCAUAAUACCAAUCGCAUAUAAAUUUAAAUGAAGCAGUCGACUUUUUAUUAUAAUUAUUUUCAUUUUGGAUAUAAUUAUCGGUAGUUUUCUAUAUUUGUGCUGUGUACAAUCAUUUUGAUUGAAAUUAAGAAAAGAAAAAAAAACGUUUUUAUUAAUUACAUCUAUAGUAACAUUCCAUUGUAUCUCGAUCAGGUUUUUUGAAAAUAAAAUCGUACGAUUUGUCAAAAAAAAAA